UUAUGCUACAGGCGCAAAUGCUACCCCAAUGCCUGCCUUACCUGCUCCUUCUUCGACGUCGAAUACUGGCUAUGCUGUUCCCACUGCCAUGUUUCCCUCCUCUUACGGUAGACAGAACUUUUGGCGCGCUAAUCAAGAGAAGUUGGACAGAUGCUAUGCAAAGACUGUAGCGGAUGAGGAAAAAGAAGCUAGGAGGAAGGAAGAAGAUGAAAAGGCCAGGAGAUUGAAGGAAGAAGAAGAAAGGAAGGAGGAAUGGAAGAAAGAGCGUGAACGGCUGGAAGCGGAGAUGACGGCUCGACUCGACAAGAGAAUGGAGGACAAGAAUAAUCUUAGGAUUAAGGAGAAAUCCAACGAUGAGAGUGCUCUUAAGGAUGAGUUGGAGAAGAUUCGUAAAGAAAACGAGAAACUGAGAAGGCUGCUGACUAAGGGAGAUGAAGGUAGCGGGGACGACGGUGUUUCGAAGAUGCAGAAGGAGAUUGCGGACUUGAGACGACAGGUACAGGCGAAGAAGGUCGUUGAGGACGAUAUUUUUGCGAUGAAGCAAGAAAUUGAGCAAUUGAGAGCGUCUGCGUUAGCGAAAGGAAGCUUUCAAGUGGAAUUGGAAAGUUUGUCUUCGGAAGUCAGUCGACUGAAGCUGCAAGGCAUUAAGGAUCGAGAGCAAGCGCAGUUGUGGAAGGGAGAGGCGUUACGACCCGGAAACAAACGAGGGAGUAUAGCGAUUGGUACCCCCGAAGCUUCUAUUCACGGUUCACCCAGGCCACGGUGGACAGACAACAUACGUGAGGCUGAUAGGUGGAAGGAGUAUGCCAAGAUGAAGGAGAUGCAUCGAGCAGCCAGUCUGGAGGCCGAGGUACUCAAAGGGAAGCGAGCGGUUGCCGAAGGGGAGGUGAUAAAACCCAAAGAACAGUUGGGUAAAACUCUUGUGGAGGAACCUGCGCCCCGUCGUGAGGGCGGGGGUACAAAUCUCAAGACAAGACUGGAGGCGGUUGCGAACCGAUCUGCGAGGAAAGGUCUCAAAGCCACCCCAAGACGUGACAUGGGUGAUGCUGCAGGAGGCUCUGGUGAAAUGAACGAUCGGUUUCUUUUCAUCGAGGCUCAGAAGAAGGAUCUAAGGAACUACAAGAAGUCGGGUUUGGAAAUAUUGUGUCGGGAAGCUGGUCUGAAAUUAAGAACGAUUGACCUUAUGAUCGGGGACAGCGGAAUACCGAGCUGACAAGGCUUUCGGCAAGAUCGGAGAGACCGCCGUGGUCAACGAGAAAUACAAGGAUCCUCUCGUGCAUGAGGUUUCGGAGGAUAUUCCCUCCCAUGAAGCAACUUCCGUGUCGGAUGAUGGAAGGUCUGUUGAGCUCUAGGCGAGAUUCCCGAACGUGACUAUCUGUGGGGUUGGACACGUUACUGCAGGAAAUUGCGAGAGAUUGGUUCUUUAGGUUCCUCUAUCGGUACGCGAAGCAGUUUUGCU